UGUUUUGGUUUUUUGAGGUACUUAACCUGUAAUUUUGAAUUGAAAUAUAAUGUAUUAGUUUUCAGAAAGAAUCAGUAUAUCACUAAAUUCGUUACUUCAUAUCUAUUAGUGCUUUAUUAGUUUCUUGUUUAUGUAAGAAUGUUGGUUUUCCUUUAUUUUCAAGCCUGCAUUUAAUGAGAAACUGCGAAUUUUCACCCACUAUUUUCUAGAAAUGUUCGAUUUAUGCACGGGUAAUUGACGUAUGAGACGGAUCAUUGCGACCACGUCGUCAUGACGGCCCUGGACGAGAUGCAGAGCAACAUGCUGGUGGCGUUCCACAGCGCGCUCUCCUGCAUCUACCUCCCCAUCAUCCUCAGCGCCCUGUACUUCACCGACUUCCUGUACCGCGUGGGGACGACGUCGUUCCUGCCCGUGGUGGGCGUGCUGGCGGCCAUGGAGUGCGUGAAGCGCGGCGUGGGGAACCGCUGCCUGGUCAGGGACGUGGUCCUGGGCGCGAAGGGCGACGACCGGCAGCCGAGGAAGGGCAGGAGCCGCUCCCGGGAGCUCCUGAGGAGCUGCGGCGUCCUUCUCGCGGCCCUGGCCUCCUUCUUCGUGCUGGCGGUCCUGCUCGGGGCGGAGGCCUUCAGCCGGCACGAGGAGACCUUCAUGCUGAGCCUGCUGCUGUGCGUGCUGGCAGUGUUCCCCGUGUGCCUGAACGCUGGGCCCCGCGCCGUCCCGGGGGCGCUGAGGGGCGCCCGACCGCUGCCCGGCGUCCUGGGCGAGCUGCUGCUGCGCAACCUGCAGUGCACGCUGCUGGGGGCGUGGCUGGGCGCGGCCGUGAUCCCGCUGGACUGGGACCGGCCGUGGCAGCAGUGGCCCGUGCCGUGCUGCCUGGGCGCGCUGCUGGGGCACACCGCCUCCAACCUGCUCGUGCUCGCGGCCAUGGUGCCCGAGAUCGCUCGCGCCGGGCACUCCUCCAAGAGGGCCCGCUAGUCGCUGACCGUGAGCGAGACGUGCGCGUGAUAUCCUCACCUUACGAACAACAACCUGUGUGGGUGGUCCGUGAGUGAGCGUACCACAUAUCGGACUUUCAGUAACGAUCCAUAAUGUCAUUGAUAAUAUAAUAUAGCCUAUAGCCUUCCUCGAUAAAUGUACUAUCCAACACUGAAAGAAUUUUUCAAAUCGGACCAGUGGUUCGUGAGAUUAGCGUGUUCAAACAAACAAACAAACUCUUCAGCUUUAUAAUAUUAGUAUAGAUUACGUUUGAGUAUACUGUAGUGCAUCUGAAUCAGUGCUAUACCCUGGAAAAACAUAGCUGGGUGGUCAUUGAAAGUCAUGAAAUGGCUUUCGUUCUUUUAGUUUUGGCAUAACCACUUGGCCACAUUCAGAUGUUAGCCGUGCAAUGAAAAGAGAAGAUGAUUGCAGCUUCACAUGUAGUUUGGGGCGCACAGCAGUGGAAUGUCCUUGAUGCAGUGCGUUUAGGCCACGGCCGUGCUGGAGUAGCUAUUUCGUAAAAUUAAUGAAUUUCAGUAUAGUGGUGGACAGGAAUACCAAAUAAAAUUAAUUUUAGCUGCUUUAAAAAAAAACAUUUGAGCAAGUCUUUCAGUAGGUAUUCGCCAGAGAUGUGUGACAUCUAACCUUGGUAACGAGAAAAUUCAUGUGUUCUCAUGUUGCAAAUACACUUAUAAUAUAAAAAAAGCUGACAAAAUUUAACGUAGAAUUAUUUAAAGUAGUGCUAAGCGUGAUAAAUAUACGAAAAUUGUGUUUUCAACUAUAUUCUUGAUGCAAAUCACACAUGGUUUCUGCACCCGUUCCUAGAAUUCAUUGCCUGAGCAGCUACGUCAACUAAAGAAAAAAUUUGAUUUGCAGAGCGAAAAGGUUAAACUAUGUAAUGAAAUGGUUCCUAUAAAAGCAAAAAAAGAUUUGUAGAAAAUACUAAACCCGGAUUUGGACCUGAUUUUCAACAAGGAAUAUUAUUAAAAUACUGUGCAUCUUGUUACAAUUCAUUUAACAAUUAAUACUAUAACGUUUUCUUUUUGGUUUUGUGUACUUUAGUUCAUGCUAUCCAUCACAGUUGGGAGAACUGUCGUUACACAUUUCCAUUCCAUACACGAAAUUACUCCCACCAAAUGCUGUUUAGUCGGAUGAGUGCGGGUCUUAAACUGAAAUGGGAACAGUUUUUUUUCUAAGUGAUAAGGUAAUGGCAAAAAAAUGAGUCUCUAUGGUUUUAUUAGCUCUUCAUACUUUUUUUUUUUGUGAGAUUGUUCACUUUUUUCGGCUCAUAUAUGCCCCCAAGAAUGCAUUAUUUUUGCAGGUUAUUUAAUAGUGUAAUAUAUCUUUCAAUUUUGGCCCCCUGAAGUAAACUUUGUUCCUGUACUUUCAGCUGACAAACUUUUGUUAGGUGUUGUCAGUUGUACUUGUUCUAGCUGUGGAUGUUGAAAGGAAUCAGCUAUUCAUAACCAUGCACUGUGAAAACUGAAAUUGCAUCUUGUACAGUCACAAAGAAUUUUUAAAGUGAUGAUCACAUUGGCAAAUGAAUAUAUAAGUGUAGAAUAUCUUAAAUAAUGUUUUUAUAAAUGCUGUAAGAUAACUUUAUAAAUUAUGUGUCUAAAACUUAAAAUCCUCUGAACCUACUUUUCUUUUGUACGAGAUUUAAUGUGAGUUAAAUAAUUUUAAUUUAGAAAUGAGAUUGAAUUUGUUAAGUUUGAGGUUAUGUCCAACCUUAUUGUUAUUAGAGAAAAUUGUAAGCCAUAAUAGAUCCAAUAACACUAUUAUCAGUUGCAGUUGGAGAAAAAAAUUUGAGUGUCAGGGUCUUUACAAAAUCAUUACUCCGACCUCAUUUAGUUAAAUUGAUCUUAAUCUGUAAUGGUUCAAAAAAAAGUUUUGGAUUACAAUUUAUUGACACAGAAUCUCACUUAUUAGAUAGAAAUCAUUGCAUCUAUAAAUUUAAUUUUUUUAAAGAAUUACAGAAAAAAAAAAUUCCAAGGAUAAUGUAGAAUAAGAUUUUGCCAGUUGAUGACUUUGUUCAAAUAUUCACCACAAAAUUGUAAAAAUUUAUAAAUUAUUGAGAAAGCUGGUAGAAAUGAGUUUGAAUGAAAAGUCAAAAUUUUUUGUAGUGUGACUAACGUAACUCUAACGUAACGUUAUCACUUUAAUAUCUGUUGGAAGAGGCAAGAUUUUACUGUUUUCUGGGGUCAUUUUAUUUAUGAAAAUAUGUUAAGAUGUAUGUUUUCAAUCAUCAAAAUUCACUUUAAAAUACACUCGGCAGCAGGGGGGAAAAUGAACACCGAUUUCCCCCCAUUAUUUUAGUAAUAAGAUUUUUUUUUAUUUGUGGUAAGAAUUAGUUUCUUGGUAGAAUAUUUAAACCAAUUUUACCAUAAACAUAUGUUUCAUUGAUAACAUUUUUUUAAAAAUUAUAAUUCAUUUUUGUCAGGUUCUAAUAAAAGGUAGUCUCCCAUCUUGCAUGGCGAAGGACCCUAACCCUCUCAGGCAUAGUCAUAGAACAAAGUACAUUUUGAACGUACUCCACCGGCACAGCAUCAUUCUUCACGAAGAGCAAUUUGAAGGUGAUUCAAGUCACUAGGACAGGAUGACGAUGCUUAACACAUCUCCCUAAAUUAUUCCACAAAUGCUCUAUCGGAUUCAUAUCGGGAGAUGGUGCAGGCUAGUAAAAACUGUAAUUCCCACAUGCUUCAAGUAUCCGGUGAUAGUUAUUGUGGUAUGCGGGCGUGCAUUAUCCUGCAUCAAAUUGAACUGUUCACCAUUAAAUGAAGCAAAUAAGAUCACAUCCUUAGUGUAUGCUCUAGGCAGUCGGAGCCCCAUUAUUAAUGAAAAUCAGUUCAGUACGAGUGUAGAAACUUAUUUCUCUCCAAACCAUAACAGAUUGCUCUUGGAAAGGUUGCGACUCACAAAGAGUACACUGAACGUAUCACUCACCUGGUCGUCUCCAAGUGAGACGCGUCUGUGAACUCAUCAGUGCUUUCCCAAGGCAAUUAGUUGUGGUUUGUGGAGGAAUAAAUUUCUACACUCGUACUGAACAUUGAUAAUGAGGCUCUGACUGCCCAGAGUGUGCACUGAGGAAGUGCUUCUAGAGGCUGUUAUCCCAUUAGCUUCAUUUAUUGUACAACAGUUCGUUUUGAUAAAGGAUAAUGUACCACAGGCAGUCAGGUAUAGGGUUUUAGGGGUUCAAACCCCCCCCCCCCCCCCCCCCAAAUUCGAAAAAUCACAUUAAUUUACAUUGCAAUAUUAACAUUUAUUCUUCCACAGUAAUUACUUAUUAUUACAUUAAUAUUUUGAACUCGCCGCGCCGCCGCCGAUUAUCCAAUGACACCGCCCGCAUCAUCGCUCUCAUUCAGUAACCAUCGACAUGUUUGCGUGCCGUACCCCGCGCCACGUAUGCACCCGUUGCCUUCGGUCGGCUUGGCUGUUGCCAGUCGGCACCGAUUACCGAGUGAAUCUAUACCGUGUGAACUGCACUGUGAACCAAGUUAUUUUAUCAUUUGUGUGAUCAUUGCAUUGGCUCUGGUUGUGAUUUCACGUCAAGUAACUUACUGGCCAUAUUACGGGGGGUAAGCAAAUUGUAAUUUAAUAAUAUAUUAAGUCAAUUCUAGACAUGCAGUGUAGAGGAAUCGAAACCUGAUUGUAAGUUUUGGUUAAAUUGUCAAUUUGUCAGACAUGUUAAUGGAUUUUACAAUUUAAGUAAAAAUUUAUUUAUAAAUCAAAAUAUAUUGUCCAUUGUCCUACCCUAAAUCUCUUUUAAGGAUUAAAAAAAAAAAUUUCACCUACAGUAAAUAAUCGACUGGAUGAGAGUCUUUUUUUCUUUUCUUCCCUAAAGACGACCAGCGCAAUUAGCAUAUUUUCCGUAACUUGCUUAAUGAUUCAUUUUGGUUAUUUUAAUGUUAAUAUUACCUCUUAUUUAUUUGUAAUGUUUGUAAUUUUUUUUUCUAGGGUACAAUUUUCACAUUGUCAAGAAAUGGACAAAAUUCGAGAGCUGUUACCCGCUGAUCACCAAAAAAACCUGCUUGCAAUGUGCAAAACACAGUGGGUCCACAAGCAUGAAGCUGUCAUGAGAUUCAAAGGUAUUUAUUCAGCGAUUGUGAAUGCUCUUGAAGAACUCCAGUCUAGCCGUAAUAAGGAAAUAUAACAACAAGCCGUCCAAAUGCUUAACAAACUUAGAUUUUCGGAUUUUGUGAUUUCCUUGGUGAUUCUUAAAAAAGUCAUGAACCAUACAUGUCGCUAUCGAAACAGCCGCAAGCAACUUAACACCGACCUGAUUGCAGCAUUCAGCCACAUGGAUGAUGUUAUUAAUGCCUUGCAACUUUGAGGAAUAAAGCUAAUGACGAGUAUCCUCAUCUCUAUGAAGCAACAAAGGUUUUGCUCGAAUGAAAUGGUGGUGUACUGCAGAUGCCAUGCAUAGUCGGAAGGCAGUUGAACCGCUCAAACAUUCCUGCUCCGGAUAUAUGCUCGCAUUGCAAAAUUAAUUUCUUCAUCCCAUUCCUUGAAACAUACAAUUGAAUGAAAGGUUUACGAAGCACCGUAAAGUAGUGACGGCACUAUCUGGUGUGUUACCUUCAAAUUUCGCGGCCAGUUCCGAAAUUGAAGAGGCAAUCUGUAUGUACCCCUCACUGCUUCCCAUUUAAAAAGAAAAACAGAUGAAUAAUUCUAUAAUGCAUUUGCAUUUUUUUCACGUGAAUAUUAAUGUUGCACUUUGUCAUUUAAUUUUUUUAAAUUCCCUCCUCAAUAUUGAAGCCUGGCUACGCCUGUGCAAUGAAUGUCUGCAUACCACAAGAGCUAUCACUGGAUAUUUGGAGCAUGCAGAAAUUACAGUUUUUACUGGCCUGCACCAUCUCCUGAUAUGAAUCUGAUAGAACAAAGUGGAAUAAUUUAAGGAGAUAUGUUAAGACAUCAUCAUCCUAGCGAUGUUAUUCAGCAUCAAAUUGCUCUUUGUGAAGAAUGGGAUGCUGUGAUGGUGUAGUACGUUCAAAAUGUACUUAGUUCUAUGCCUGAGAGGAUUAGGGUCCUUCGCAGUGCAAGAGAGGAUAACAUCCAUUAUCAGGAGGCCAUCAGCUGACAGAAAAUCUAAUGAAAAUUAUGAAUUAUAAAAAAAGUGAUAAAUUAUUUUUUACAGUAUUUAAAAAUUAUUUGUUUAUGGUAAAGGUUGUUCGAAUAACCUAUCAGAAAAACUAAUUGCAUUUACUAAAAUUACCAUGAAACUCCAGUUUGUUCUGGGUUUUUGCUGAUAAGUGUAUUCUGCCCAGCUACAGAUGUUGCCCAUAGUUAAAGAGGCGGAUAAAGGAGAAUCACGGUAACAAAAAAAAAAAAUUAAAAACCAAUAAUAAUGAAAUUAAUGUUUAUUUAUCUCAUGCAUCCAUUCUUGCAUGGGCACAUGCACUGCCAGUACUAAAUACAAAGCAUGGAAGAAGAGCACUUCUGUAGCAUCUCAUGCUGCCCGUAGCCCCACACACUCAACUGUCGCACCGUCUUGUCACCGUGGCUCAGAAGUUGACGACUGCACGAA